UUUUAACACAACGGGACAUCAUGUAGGAAGACGACAACAGCAGAAACAACCGGUUUAUUCGUCAAAUAACGAUGUCAUCUAGCAGAAUUGCGGAUUUCAGGAAGCAUACGUUAAAAUCAGGAACUCGGUGUUCGAGACAGAAGUUAAUGUUUACGUUAGUUACUGUUUAUUUGAAUAAAUUAUUCAUCUGAACCAAACCUGCAGCGAACCUCAUAACUUUAAAGUGCAACAGGUUACUGCAAGAUGGUGUCGUGGAUUAUAUCAAGGGUCAUCGUUCUUGUGUUUGGAACGCUGUACCCUGCCUACUAUUCCUUUAAAGCUGUCAAAUCCAAAAACGUCAAAGAAUAUGUGCGAUGGAUGAUGUACUGGAUUGUGUUUGCUCUUUACACAGUGGUGGAGACGAUCACAGAUCUUUCUUUGGCUUGGUUUCCAGUUUAUUAUGAGCUAAAAAUGGCUUUCGUCUUUUGGCUGUUGUCUCCCUACACCAGAGGAGCCAGUGUCAUCUACAGGAAGUUCCUACACCCUAUGCUGGCAUCCAAAGAGAGGGAGAUUGAUGAAUAUAUUGUCCAGGCCAGAGAGAGGAGCUAUGAGACCAUGGUGAAUUUUGGGCGUCAGGGUCUCACAAUCGCAGCCGCUGCUGCUGUCACUGCUGCUGUGAAGGGACAGGGGGCCAUCAGUGAACGUCUGAGGAGUUUCAGUAUUCCAGACCUGACGCAGGUUCCCUCUGAGCAAUCAGCCAUCUUCAACUCCAGCCGACGGGCCCUGCCGCCUGCGGAUUCUGAGCCAUAUAAACAGACAGGGGAGGGUCAUGAGGAGGAAACAGAUGGAAUAUUCUCUGAAGAUGAGGCGUCUGUGCAGAAGGGGCUACGCAGAUCUCAGAGCGUGAAACUCACUCGUGCCAAAGCAGCACGCAAAGAGCCUCGCUAUGGCUCUCUGAAGCUGAAACCUAGAAGAAGACAACUGGUUACAUCGUCCACUUAUGACCAUCCAUGAGCGUCCAAUAUAAAAGACCAGAUGGGAUCUAAUCCUGGGUUUAAGUUUAAUCCUAAACGUUGGUCCUGCUUUUCUUCAAAUUAAUGCUCCUUUUAAGCAGCACUAAACUAAAAAUCUACAGACUUGCAGCAUGAACAAUGACUUUUACAUUCAUUGAUUUAGUAAACGCUUUUUCCACAAACGAAUACAACUGACAAUGAUGCAUAUGAUAAAUAGCGAAUCUUGCAUGCUGCGCUGUUCGUUCUAAAAAAUACCAAAACCUAAUACAAGUACAAGAAGUCUAAGAGUGUACUAAAAAUCGAAUGGUUCUGAGCACAUUAGAUCUGUACCUGCUUCUGUAUAGACAUCUCUUUUUACUACGAGCGUGUGGGCACAUCCUGUAGCACAGAUAUCCCAGGUGUCCUUGCUCUCCUUCUACAGGGGCAGGUGUCAAGGUCAAAGGUGUCUCCGGUGUGCGGCUCGCAGCUUGUUUUCACAGUAAUGAAAUGAGCCUGGAAAAAAAA